AUGGAACAGUUGAACUUGUCGAUGCGAAUGUCGGUGCGCGCCCGACAACACCGUGAUGGCCCCCCAUCGCGGCGCAUCGCUCAAUUAUCUUUUAAGUGCAAAAUUGUUAAAUGGAAUAAAACUUUUAAGCUUUUAAGCAAUGAGCAGGAGAUAAAUGCGUAUUAUCUUUAUGCAAGCCACUUGCCCACAAUACCAGUGCUUCGUCCUUUUCGUUCGGCAGAUCUUCCACGCAUAUCUAUCGAUGUUGCAUCUCGUAAGCUACAAUCAAAUACUAAUGCACUCGUAUAUUUGCACGAGAACAAUAUAAUCCAUCGGAAUGUGAGGUGCAGUAAUAUAUUGAUAACAAAAGAUGGUGAAGUGAAACUAACUGAUUUUGGACUCUCGUGCAAAUUGAACGAUACUCUUGGCAAAAGCACUACUACCAUUGGAUCACCUAGUUGGAUGGCCCCCGAAGUUGUUGCCAGUGGAGGUGGUUAUGAUAACAGAUCAGAUGUAUGGGCAUUGGGGAUAACAGCUAUUGAAAUGACUGACGGCAAAGCACCUUUUGAAAAUAUGCAUCCGACAAGAGCUUUAUUUCAAAUCGCCAGAAAUCCUCCCCCUGGUAUCGCUAAAGCAUCAAUGUGGUCAAACGACAUCAAUGAUUUUGUAACAGAGUGUUUAGAAAAAAAUCCCGAACAUCGUCCAUAUAUGAUGGAAUUAGAAGAACACCCUUUCAUACAAUCAGUUCCUGAAAAUGAUUACCACCUCACAACUGAACUAAAAAUGAUGGUAGAAGAUUUGAAAGGAGUAGAAGCUCCUAGUAAAAGAUCCGAAAGAAUAAUAAAAAAUAAUUUGCUGACAACGGAAGGAGUGCAUAAUCCUGAAACAAUGCAAGUGGAAGACCUAGCCGCACUCGAUCACUUAACAGAAGAAAGCGUACUUGCUGAAUUACAAACUAAACUGGUGAAAGGAUCAUCGACAUCUUUUAUUGGUGACGUGCUUCUUAUUCUAAAUUCAAACACAAACGACAACAAUUAUGGUGAAGAUUAUCAUCAAAAAUAUGAAUGCAAAUCAAGAUCUGAUAAUGAACCUCAUAUUUUUGCUGUAGCUGAUAGUGCUUACCAAGACGCGUUACAUCAUAAUGAACCCCAACAUAUUGUAUUUUCUGGUGAAAGUAAGUCCGGGAAGACUACAAACAUGAUACAUGCUUUAUCACAUUUAACAUACUUGGGAGCUAUGAAAAACAAUACAGCUGAUAGAAUACGAAAGGCUGCCAAAGUUAUACAGGUCUCAUUAAGUUCAGCUACGCCGAUAAAUUCUCAUUCCACCAGAGCUAUUUUUCAAAUUCAAGUCACUUACGGCAAUUCGGGAAAGUUAAGUGGCGCUAUAUUCUGGCUUUAUCAGCUUGAAAAGUGGAGAGUGUCAUCAACGGACAUGUCACAUGCCAAUUUUGAUCUACUUUAUUAUUUCUACGACGCUAUGAACGGAACGAACAGAUUAGACGAAUUUUGUUUGGAAAAAAGUAGAAAACAUCGAUAUUUACGAAUCUCCGAAGAACCAACCAAAGGAGCUAAAGGUGCCAGAGAAUCUCCACAAGAAAAUAUAGAGUUUUAUAAGGAAUUCAUAGAAAAUCUGAAAGUCCUUGACUGGGAAGAGGAAGAUAUUUCUUUUCUAGAAACAACAUUAGCUGCAAUUCUGGUUCUCGGGAACGUUAGAUUUAAAGAUGGUAAAAGCGGUUCUGCAGAAAUAGAAAAUCCAGAUGAAGCUAAAAAGGUAGCAAAAUUGCUUUCUUUAGAAGAAGUAAAAUUUUUAUGGGCUCUAUUAAAUUAUUGUCUAAUAGAAAGUGGAACUGCUGUAAAAAGAAGACAUUCAACUGACGAAGCAAGAGAUGCUAGAGACACAUUGGCUGCGGCUCUUUACAAAAGACUAAUUGACUGGAUGAUCAAUUUAAUUAAUUCAAAAUUAUCGUUUAUGAGAUCAGUUUUCGGUGACAAAUUUUCCGUGAGUUUGUUAGACAUGUUUGGUUUUGAAUGUUAUCAUAGAAAUCGUAUCGAACAACUCAUUGUGAAUACAACUAAUGAACAAAUACAAUUUCUAUAUAAUCAGCGAAUUUUCGCGUGGGAAAUGCAAGAAACAGCAGAGGAAGAAAUUCCUGUUGUUCAGUUACACUUCUAUGAUAACAAAAAUUCUGUUGACCAACUUAUGAGCAGACCUUUGGGACUCUUCUAUAUUUUAGAUGAAGCUAGUCGUACUGGAAGUGGCCAAGAGUUUAUAAUGAGUACGAUCAGAACUACAGGUAAAGGUCCAUACAUUAAACUAUCUGGUAGUCAUGAAUUCAGCGUAGCACAUUAUACAGGAAAAGUGAAUUAUGAUGCAAGAGAAAUGGCAGACAAAAACAAAGACUUCUUACCUCCAGAAAUGAUUGAAACAAUGAGAGCGUCAACUAAUAUAACUGUACAGCAAUUGUUCAGAAAUAAACUUACAAAAACCGGCAACUUAACGGUAUCGUCUACUCAACCAAAAGUUGUAGUACCAAAGUCAAAACCUGAAAAAGAAAUGGAAAAUGUAAAAGCUAGGAAAUAUAACACAGAAUCAAAAGGUCAAUACUCACAAGUACAUCGAAUGAGGACAGCAGCAGCAACAUAUAGGGCCACCAGUUUGGAAAUAUUGAAACAGUUAUCUAUCGGUCCCGGCAGCGGAGGGACCCAUUAUGUAAGAUGCAUCAGGGCAGACCUAAACGAUAACCCCCGGGGAUUCCAAACAGAAGUUGUCAGACAACAGUUAAGAGCCUUAGCAGUAUUGGAGACUGCAAAAGCACGUCAAUCCGGCUACUCAUGUCGCAUACCGUUCGCUGAAUUUAUUAAAAGAUACAGAUUUCUGGCCUUUGAUUUUGAUGAGAAUGUGGACGUAACAAAAGACAAUUGCAGACUACUACUGAUUCGACUUAAAAUGGAAGGAUGGAUAUUGGGAAAAACAAAAGUGUUUAUGAAGUAUUACAAUGAAGAAUUCUUGUCAAGAUUGUACGAGACACAGGUAAAGAAAAUAAUUAAGGUACAAUGUAUGAUGAGAGCAUUUUUAGCCAGAAGAAAAGCCAUCAAAAGUAAAUCAAAACAAUUGCGCCUUCUUGAACUUAAAAAACAACAGUCCUUGAAUGUGACAGAAGAUGAAGCGGCACUGCUUAUUCAAAAAGCCUACCGCGGUUACAUAGUGCGCAAAGCGUACGGUCCUCUCAUCAAUAAAAGUACCGGCCAGAUCGAUGAAGAAACUGCUACAUUUUUAAAGAGGUUCGCUAUGAAGUGGAAAAGCAGAUCGAUGUUCCAAGUUCUGUUGCAGUACAGGGCAGUCCGGUACCAGGACUUGGUUCAUUUUUCUCAACAGGUGCACAUUUAUAAUCAAGCCAUGUUGGAAACUCUACUGAAUACCAGCGCAUCCGUUCUUCUGGACCGUGUGGACCCCCAAGCCAAAGGAUUUGAAUUUCUUGGUUCAGGACCACCUUCAGUUUGGAAACUUCCAUUUAGAAUCGACCAGUUGCAGUAUUAUGACACUUCUUAUAUGUGCGAUCCGACAGCUAAAAGCACAGACACAUUUGCAAGCCAAUAUGAUUCCGAUAACGAACAAUGGGACGAACCGUUGAAGCGAAGAUUUAGCUCCGCACAAACUGACAUCAACAAAACUUCAACGAGCACACAAACAUUGAUGUCCGUGCCGUUCUGCAGAGAUCCCACACAACCGGUGGCAAAACUACCAACCGAAGAAUGUCAGCCCACAAGAAAAGAUACGGUUGGAAAUCGUCCCGCUGUUUAUAAGAAAAAAGCAAAUACUCCUCAAAAUUACUACCAACCGCCAGUACCUUGGUCUGAAGUUCGGGACGACACCGACAUUCUCGAAAACACAUCUGGCAAACUAAGGAAGACCAGCUACAGUCGUAGUCUUUAUGGUAUUGACGCGCCUGAUAUGCAAAAUCCGAUUAAAGAACUACAAGCUAUGGCUAAGUCUACUGGCGAUAUGAACGAUGACGACCCUCCAUUUAAUUUCCAAGCCAUGCUCAAAAAGACACCUCGCAACAGAGCGUCGAUGAAGCGAUCGGGUGAGACUGAUAAUGGCAUAUUAGAGGAUAGACCGCCAAGAAGACAGGCGCCGACACCUCCCACGACACCAGUAGUUGGAAGAGUCACUCCAAGUUCUGGAAAAGUGACACCAAGCCGUAAAUCCAGCCCAGCACCUCCACCGCCACGGCCACCCAGCAAGGAACUAAUAAGAAAAGAUUCUAAAGAACUAAUCAUGGCCGCCUUAAAAAAGAGAGAUUCAAAAACAGAUUUACUAUACGCCUCUGUUAUUAAUAAAGUCGAAAAUGUUGUUUUAGCUCCAGGUAUAAUUGUCGAAGGAGUAGUAACUGACUUAUAAAUGCAAACACAAACAUCUUUUGUAGAAAAUAUAUUUAAUCUCCAUUGUAUUGGAAGUCCCCAUACAUCUUUUUAAUAAUGUAACAUUAUAAAUUACUUUUGACAAUUAAGUUUUAAAGCCACAUGGUUUACGUUAGAUCAUAAGAAUUUUAAUGUUUGACUAUUAUUUCUAUAUGAAUAGAGUUAAGUAUAUUAAAUACAAACUGACUUAAAGCAUGUUAUGGCGGUAUAUAAAAAUAAACAUGCAGUGUUACUUAAAAUAUACAUCUUAGGGACUCAUCACGUCGUAGAAAAAUAUACAUAUAAAUUCCCUUAUAUUUACUUAAUUUACGAAAAUUGCUUUGGUAACUUAUUAUUAUUAUUAUAUUAUUAAUAACUUAGCCUAAAAGAGUGGUCGACGUUUAUAUGGAAUUAUGAGUUAAAGCCAUAGAUAGGUGGGUGUAUAUAAAACCUAAUUUUAUAAUAACGCUAUAUCGCAUUGUGAAAACCAUCGACAAUUUAUAUGUCCGUCUUGAUAUACUACAAGCAACAAAUACAUUGGAUAGUACACAUCUAAUAUAACACACCCACCAUAUUAUAGGGAUUCAGUUCGUUAAACUAAGCGAUCGCUUAAUGGUGUGUAUGUUACAAAUCAAUAGAAUAAUAAGAGCAAUAUUAACAACACCUGAGCAGUAUCGAAUCCAGAUUAAUUAUCACAGUCUUUUGUUACGGAUAGACAACAUAAAGUCAAGGUAGUAAAGCUUCGCCAAAAAAAAAUGCUAUAUAAUGUAACAAUAUACUGCCCUUUAACUAAGGCAUUUAUUUCCUUUUCAUUUUGGACAUUAUAUCAACUGCCCAGACAUUAUAUAAAGCCCGUGUUAA